CAAAACAGAGAAAAGAAAAGAAAAUCUCACUGAUGAUGUAAUAAACGUAGUCUCUUUCUCUCUCUCUCUCUCAAAACUGGCAACACUUUCGUCGGUUAACUCCUUGCUGAAAGCUGUGUUUCUCUCUGUAUAUUAAAAUAAGUUGAAACACCCAAACACAAGGCAGCUUCUCUGUUUUGCUGUUUCUCUAUUUAGCUGCUUCGAAAAUUCAACCUUGGUUUUGCUUUAUCUCUUUCUUUUGCUUAUAGGUUUUAUUUUUUAUUUUUAAGAAUUGGUUUCUAGUCUUGUGGCUGAGGUUGAAGUGACACCACUCAGGAGUUUCAGGUGACCCCGCAAAAGUAAUUAAUGUAAAUAUCGUUGUCUUUUCUUUCAUUGGAAUUUUUGUAUAGGAGAUGUUUGUUGAGCUGCUUCAUCUUUAACCGGGUCUCUGUUUUUGUUCUGUAAUUGUGUUCUUUUUGGCAUUCAAUUCACGUGCAAUGAAACUUCAUAUUUGCUUAAUUAUCAGCUUUUUUUUUUUUUUUUUCUUUUUAAGCCUAUUUGUUUUGUUCCCAAAUUCAACUUCUUAUUGCUUUCAAUUUUCAAGUUCAAUAUUGUGUUAGAAGAGAUUAGGGAAGUACUAACUGUUGAUUUGAUUCUUGGUUUUUUUACUUCUUGACUUGGGGUGAUGGGUUUCAACUAUUUCUUGGUUUUGAAGGAUAAAUUUCAAGUGAAAACUAUAGUUUUAAUCUUGGGUUUCGAUCAUUUAGUGUUAUUUCAUGUUGGUUUUGUUUUUCGGACCUAGUCCUGGUGGGGAUUUGCAAAUUUUUUGGGGUUUAAUAGAGAGAGCGAUAAUUAUUUGUUAAAAGCCAGGGAAUUCAAUCAGCAUCGACUAUGGAUGUGAAUUCGAGAACUGAGAUUGAUGAGGACGGUGACAACAAUAGAGGCAGUAUGUGGGAUUUGGAUCAGAAACUUGAUCAGCCUAUGGAUGAGGAAGCUGGAAGGCUUAGAAAUAUGUACAGAGAAAAGAAAUUCUCGCUGCUUUUGCUUCUUCGGCUUGCAUUUCAGAGUCUUGGUGUGGUUUAUGGGGACUUGGGUACUUCUCCAUUAUAUGUGUUCUACAAUACAUUUCCUCGAGGAAUAAAAGAUCCGGAGGAUGUAAUUGGAGCUCUUUCUUUGAUUAUAUACUCUCUUACUCUCAUCCCACUCCUCAAGUACGUCUUCAUUGUGUGCAGAGCUAAUGACAAUGGUCAAGGUGGUACAUUUGCUCUUUAUUCUUUGCUUUGCCGGCAUGCAAAAGUAAAAAUUAUUCCAAAUCAACACCGGACAGAUGAGGAGCUAACAACAUAUAGUCGUUCUACCUUCCAUGAACAUUCAUUUGCUGCUAAAACUAAGCGAUGGUUGGAAAGACACCAUUCCAGAAAGAAUGCACUUCUUAUUCUUGUUCUUGUUGGCACUUGUAUGGUGAUUGGGGAUGGGAUUCUCACUCCCGCUAUAUCUGUGUUUUGUAGAAAAAUCACAUGGAUAUAUUUUCUGGGUACCCUAGUUCUUUCAGCUGCUGGUGGGAUCAAGGUAGACCACCCCAAUAUCAGUAAUGAUAUAGUUGUAGUUGUUGCAGUUGUAAUAUUAGUGGGUUUGUUUUGCAUGCAACACUAUGGAACAGAUAGAGUUGGCUGGCUCUUUGCUCCUAUUGUGCUACUUUGGUUUCUGUUAAUUGGGGGUAUUGGCAUAUUCAAUGUCUGGAAGUAUGAUAGCAGUGUUGUGAAAGCUUUUUCACCUGCAUAUAUUUAUCGAUAUUUAAGAAGGGAAGGUAAAGAUGGCUGGACCUCCCUUGGAGGUAUUAUGCUUAGCAUAACAGGUACAGAGGCCCUUUUUGCGGACUUAGCCCAUUUUCCAGUUUCAGCCAUACAGCUUGCUUUUACAGUAGUUGUAUUUCCAUGUCUUCUUUUAGCAUAUUCUGGACAAGCUGCUUAUCUCAUGCAAAACUCGGAUCAUGUGAUUGAUGUAUUUUAUCGUUCUAUACCAGAUAGCAUAUAUUGGCCAGUGUUUAUUGUUGCAACUGCAGCUGCUAUAGUUGCAAGUCAAGCUACAAUAUCUGCAACUUUUUCAAUAAUCAAGCAGGCUCAUGCGCAUGGUUGUUUCCCUAGGGUCAAAGUUGUACAUACAUCAAAGAAGUUCCUUGGUCAGAUAUAUGUUCCUGAUAUAAAUUGGAUUCUUAUGAUUCUUUGCAUUUGUGUGACUGCUGGGUUCAAGAACCAAAGCCAAAUUGGAAAUGCCUAUGGGACAGCUGUGGUGAUUGUGAUGCUAGUAACAACAUUCCUCAUGUCUCUGAUCAUGAUACUAGUGUGGCGCUGCCAUUGGAUUCUUGUCCUGCUUUUCACAGGCUUAUCACUGGUUGUGGAAUGUAUUUACUUUUCUGCUGUACUCUUCAAAGUUGAUCAAGGUGGGUGGGUUCCCCUGGUGAUUGCUGCGGCCUUUCUUGUAAUCAUGUAUGUUUGGCAUUAUGGUACAGUGAAAAGGUAUGAAUUUGAGAUGCAUAGUAAGGUGUCAAUGGCAUGGAUCGUUGGGCUUGGCCCCAGCCUAGGACUGGUGAGAGUUCCUGGAAUUGGACUUGUGUACACUGAAUUAGCUAGCGGGGUUCCCCACAUCUUUUCUCACUUCAUCACAAAUCUACCUGCUAUCCAUUCUGUUGUCGUAUUUGUAUGCGUAAAGUAUCUUCCUGUCUACACAGUUCCUGAAGAAGAGAGAUUCCUGGUCAAGCGUAUUGGACCAAAGAAUUUUCACAUGUUCCGUUGUGUUUCAAGGUAUGGCUAUAAAGACCUACAUAAGAAAGAUGAGGAUUUUGAGAAGAAACUCUUUGAUAACCUCCUCUUGUUUGUCCGGCUCGAGUCUAUGAUGGAAGGGUGUUCAGACUCCGAUGAGUAUAGUUUAUACAGUCAGCGAAUUGAGCAAUCAAGAGAUGCCCUGUUGAAUAAUGGAAAUACAACAUCUGCUGCAGUAGAUUCCAUAAUUUCAUCUGUUGACUCGAUCGUGCCAGUUAAAUCACCUGUAAAUGCAAAUUACACAAUUAGGUCAUCAGGUCAAACAAGCAGCCAAAUGGAGGUUGAGGAGUUACAAUUUUUGAAUAAUUGCAGGGAUGCCGGGGUGGUGCACAUACUAGGGAAUACAGUGGUGAGAGCAAGGAGGGAUUCAAGGUUCUACAAAAAGAUAGCUGUUGAUUAUAUUUAUGCAUUUCUUAGGAAGAUAUGCAGAGAGAACAGUGUGAUUUUUAAUAUUCCUCACGAGAGUCUCUUGAAUGUGGGACAGAUAUUCUAUAUAUAAUAUAUAUAUAAAUAUAUAUAUUUCAUUGGUUAAUACAAGCAAGGCAAACAUGUUUUUAUGUCAUAAUUGGACUAGUUUUCUAUGAUGCA